UAAUCGUUGGUACCUAUAAAAUCACUAAGUUUUAUGGAUACUUUAUAUAUUCAUUACAUUCUGUGAAGCUUGUUGACCCUCAACUAUUAAUUUGCGUAAUUCUUGAAUAUGAGUUCUGUGAAAAUGGUCACAAAUAUGAGCGGCUCGAGUUCUGAUAUUUCAAACGACAAAACCAACGAAGACGCCAAAACAAUAUGCAACACGAAGGCAGCUUCCGUUCCGAGGAUGCAAAGACAAUCUGAAGUUGUUCUAAACGAGCCGCCCUCUGCGCCGUUUUACUUUCACUCGCUGAAAGAAAACGAAGCUCCACCUUUCAGAAAGCCAGGAAAAGAACCGAUACUUCGUCUACUGAUUGACACUUUGAUCAAAGAGGACGAUGUAAUAGAAAUGGUCGCGGCUAUGGAUAUCGAUGACUCUUAUAGUGGAUAUAAGAAACGGAUAGUUGAAAUCCUUGUGAGAUAUAAUAUUGUGACAAAUUACCAUGUAACUGAAAAAUAUUUUCUCGUAAUAUUUGUCAUGGAGACCAUAAGCUACGCAGCCCAGAGAGACUUUAAUGUGUCCAAACUUGCUUGCCUGCUGUCUAUUUAUUUGGCUACCCACUUGUAUUUCAAGUGGUAUUACUGGAUAUCACCUGCAGCCGUCUGGAAAUACUUUAGACGUUUGAUGAUUAAACAUACAAUUGAGGAUUCACCAGAUGGUCAAGAAGUAUUUGAGCCUGAGGAGUGUUACGACAUCAUGUCACACUUUCAUACCAACUACCUCUGCAACUUGCCACUCGUGCAUAUCCUUACAUUUGAGGUGGAUAGACUGAAGAUAAUGUGGCCUUUUAAUAUGAAAUGAUAUUUAAGUAUUUCAAGUUUCAUUUCUUUGUUUUGUUUACAAUAAAACUAGUGUUUAAAUUAUAAAACAAACUUUAUUUACUUAUUCCACAACAAAACACUAAGGCAAAGUAUUCUUGUGUUUAGAUUUUUUCCUUUUUU